AUGUCAGUAGCAGAUCCUUCAUCGUCUUCAACAGCUGAAGGAUCAUCAAAUCAACCUUCAAGGAGAGUAGCUUAUUAUUAUGAUCAAGAUGUGGGGAACUAUCAUUAUUACCUUGGACAUCCAAUGAAACCACAUCGUAUAAGAAUGGCCCAUAACUUGAUUGUGAAUUAUGGACUAGCAGAUGAAGUAGAGGAUGACGCUCCCGAAGUCAACGGAGAAGGUAAAAGAGAGUUGAAUGAUGUGAUUCAAGAUAAUAGACCAGAAGAGAAAUUUAUAAAAAAUAGUUUAAGAGGAUCAAGAAGUAAAUCCAUGCAGGUUUUUAGACCACAUAGAGCGACAAAAUCUGAAAUGACACGCUUUCAUACGGAUGAAUACAUUGAAUUCUUAGAAAACGUUACUCCAGAAACAGCAGAAGCAAUGACAGGAGGUGGUGUAAGAUGUCUGAUAGGCGAAGAUUGUCCUGCAUUUGAAGGAUUGUUUGAAUUCUGUUCUAUAUCAGCAGGAGGUUCACUAGGCGCUGCCGAAAGACUCAAUUCAGGAGCAGCGGAUAUAGCUAUCAACUGGGCAGGAGGUUUACAUCAUGCUAAGAAAACAGACGCGAGUGGAUUCUGUUAUAUAAAUGAUAUUGUACUAGGAAUUCUAGAACUACUGAGGAUACAUCCUCGUGUGCUAUACAUUGACGUUGACGUACAUCAUGGAGAUGGAGUUGAGGAGGCUUUCUAUACUACGGAUAGAGUCAUGACCUGCUCCUUCCAUAGGUUUGGAGAAUUCUUCCCUGGUACAGGAGAUGUCAGGGAUGUGGGCAUGAAAAGAGGUAAAGGAUACGCAGUGAACGUUCCUCUGAGGGAUGGAAUAACGGAUGAAUCAUAUCAUACUAUAUUCAAACCCGUCAUUCAACAUAUCAUGGACUAUUUCAGACCCGGAGCAGUCGUGUUACAAAUGGGAGCAGAUAGUCUUUCUGGAGAUAAAUUAGGUGGAUUCAAUCUGACUUUAAAUGGACAUGGUGAAUGUACGAAAUUCGUGAAAAGCUUCGGUGUCCCCGUUAUGAUGCUUGGGGGAGGUGGAUAUACGACCAAAAACGUAGCGAGAGCUUGGACGAACGAAACUGCCGUCAUGUGUGGUAGGGAAUUACCUGAAGAUCUACCUUAUAAUCAAUAUAUGGAAUAUUAUGGUCCUCGAUAUAAACUAGAAGUGUUGGCGAAUAAUACGGAUGAUCACAACCCUUCUGAAUAUUUGGAUAAAAUCAGAACACAAGUAAUUGAGAAUCUACGAAAUCUGCCUCAUGCACCUUCUGCACAAAUGCGUCAAGUACCCUCGCAAUCUAUCUCGAGAGCCAUAGGUUUGACAAAAGACAUUGACGAGAAUGACCCGGAAGAUGAGAUUGAUUUGCGCGUGAGGAAAUACAUGCAGAGAAAACAACUGAACGGAGGCUAUUCACCUAAUUCCUCAGAUGAUGAUGAUAUACCUAUGAAUGGAGAUUCAGAAGAUGAUUCUUCAGCAUUUGCGAUUCCAGGUAGAUCGAGGCGUCAAGCAGGUCAACCAACAAGAAGAUCAAUUAUUCCACGUCAGAUAUCAGCUGCGAAGAGACACACAAAUAACAAUGAAUAUGAUUCGGAUGACGACGAAGAUCAAGAUCCAUGUGGAACCAAUAACAAGAAGAAGAAGAGAUCUUUUUUCAACAACAGCAAUAAUGGAAUAAAAUCCAAUGUGAACCUACUCAUCAAGAAGAAGUUGAACGGUAUAUCGAAUCCUAUCCCAAUUACAAUAGGUCAAAAUGGUGUUGUUGAAUUUUGGAAAGAAUCAAAUUUGCAACCUGGUGCGAAUGGGAUUAUAGCUGGAGCUGGAGGGAUCUCAAGAGGUGAAAGUCCGAUGAGUAUCUCGUAG